AACGUUGGCGUUUCAAAUCAGGUAGUGUCACCAAAUUUGCAAAAGCCGAUAGCAUAUUUUUUUCAGAAGCAGAGUCGCAGAUUGCUUCAACUAAACCCUAAUUGCCGCCCGCCUACGCCAGUCUCCACACGUCUCCGCCAAUCUCCGCACGUAUCCGCCAAAUCAGCAGGAGAGAGACGCACUUACAGGGUAGAGGCCUCCAUCUCCUUAGGUGAAAGGUGCUGGCGCGCGAAUGACGUAAGGCACAAAUUAGAACGGUCCUUGACUGUCAAGUCUUUGCAUAAUUAUGGCAAAUGACACCGAGCAAGUAAUGACAAAUAAUCCCAAGCAAGACGUGACUACUGAUACCCAAGUUCUUGAAAAUGAUACCGAGAAAUUGAUGGUGAAAGAUGUCGGGCAAGAGGUGGCAAAUGAUGCCAAUGAAGUUGAGUUGAAUGACAAUGAGCAAAUUGUGGCCAAUGAUGCGGAGCAUGUCUGGGAAAAUGUCGCGGAGCAGGCUGUUGCAAAGGAUAUCGCAUCUUCUCUUAUGGAACAGCUUUCCCAGGCAUUGCUUGAACUGAAAGCUUCCAAGAAUUUUUCCGAGGACAAUAUUCGGUGGGAUGAAAUUGAGGAGCACUUCCUCAACCUUGAGACAACAUUGAAGAGAAGAUCUAAAGAGCUAGAAGCUAAGGAGAAUGAAUGCCAGCUGAAAGAAGCUAAAAUUUUUGCAUUGCUUGAGGAGAGAGAGGCAACUGUCACUGCUAAGGAGCAGGAUCUCCAGGAUCGGUUGCAAAAGCUUAAAGAUGCUGUUGUUGCUGACAUUGCAGAGGCACGGGCUAAUCACCAGCCAGCUGCUUCAGAUUCUGUUGAGGUAAGCAGCUUACUCGGUGAUAAAAAUUCCCAGGAGGAUUUUUCUUAUAGAAUGGGUGAAAUUGCUGAUGACGUUGCUGCUCAUGUCAAGCCACGUCCAGAGCUGACGCUAUUUUGCGAGCAGAUGGACGCAAAAGGGCUUCUCAAUUUUACUAUGGAGAAUCAAAAAAAUCUAUAUGCCAUCUGUGAGGAACUUACUCUUGCACUAAAAAGUGCAAUUGAGCCAGCCCGUUUGGUGCUGGAUUCACUAGAGGGGUUUUACCCUCCAGAUGAAAUUACCCAACCGGUUGAUAAGAAGGAUGCUACCCUUCAAGGUAUGCGCAAAUCCUGUCUUAUACUUAUGGAAGCCAUGGCUGCCUUGUUGGCAAGACUUGACUCAGGUGUUGAUCACCUUCUGGACCCUGCAAUAAAGCAGCGAGCCAAGGCAAUUGCUGAUGAUUGGAAGCCUAAGUUAGCUAAUUCAGACAUUGAUGCUGCCAAUAUAAAUUCAUUGGAAGCAGAGGCAUUCUUGCAGCUCCUUUCAACUUUUAGGAUUGCUUCUGAGUUUGAUGACGAAGAACUCUGCGAGAUUGUUCUUUUAGUAGCUCAUCGCAGGCAGGCACCUGAGCUCUGCCGCUCUCUUGAGUUAACAUACAAAAUGCCAGGUAUUGUUGAGUCGUUGAUUAAUGGUGGGAAACAAAUAGAUGCUGUGCGUUUUAUACACACAUUUGAGCUUACAGAUAGGUUCCCCCCUGUGCCCCUCCUGAAGACAUAUUUGAAGGAUAUAAGGAGAAACUCACAAGGCAAUGGUGGGAAUGCCUCUGGUAGCUUUGAUGCACAGGGGGAUGUAAAUGCACAAGAGCUGGCAGCACUGAAGGCUGUAAUCAGAUGCAUUGAAGAGUGCAAGCUUCAGCCGAACUACCCGCUUGAUCCACUCCAGAAAAGGGUUGCUCAAUUGGAGAGGGCAAGAUCUGAUAAGAAAAGAAGAUUAGAUUCUGGGAAAUAUCACCGCUCGAAGAAGUCUAGAUCAAAUGGAGGAUAUCGUGGAUUCCGUCAACAGAGCGGUGGCAUUGCUAAUACUCAUGCUGCUACUGUAAGGCAAGCUCCGCCUAUUUUCACUGAGAGGGCUGCAUACCCUGGAAUUCCUGGCAGAUAUCCUCGUGCUGGUCCAACCUCUUAUGAUUAUCAAGUUCCUGGUCCGUCUGCAUACACACAGCAGAGCACCGAUUAUGAUUAUCAAGUUCCUGGUCAGUCUGCAUAUACACACCAGAGCGCUGAUCAGAGGCUAUACUAUCAUUCUCAAGAUGACAGGAUCCCCGCUGCUCCUUACAACGCAGCAUCAAAUUAUAGUGGUUAUCUCGGUAGUGGGAUACCACCGUCGGCGCAUCAGCCACAUAUGUAGAUUAUGCAAUUGCUGAUGCUGUAGGGUUUAAUAAUAUUGCAUGAUUAGAUUGUUGGAUAUUUCCUUUGUUUUGCAGGUGGCUCUAUUGUUGUUUGAAGAUACAUGUUCCCUUGGGGCUCCUACUGUAAUGAUUCUGUGAGCAAUGUAGUGCCAAAGCUAAAUGUAAAUUAAACAAUGGUUUGUCGAAGUAGGCAGCAGCAUGGCCAGACUUUCUAGGAAAAGAUGAAAAACUGACAUUUCGGAAGUAAUACGUUGAUGAAGACAUGAUACUUUAGUCA